UCUUGCGGCCUCGGCUACCCGCGAGCACAGCGCGGGCGGCGCCCACCACCCCGGUUGCGCGGCUCCGCUUUGUCCCGGGCCUGUCUCUCGGCCCUGCUGCCCGCAGCCCCGCGUCGCGCUGGCGUCGUCCUCGUCUCCGCCGGCGCCCCGGCGCGAGCCGGACGGCGAGGCCAUGGACGCGGAGCUGGUGGUGACGCCUCCGGGCUGUGCGCACCUGGGCAGCUUCAAGGUGGACAACUGGAAGCAGAACCUGCGCGCCAUUUACCAGUGCUUCGUGUGGAGCGGCUCGGCGGAGGCCCGCAAGCGCAAGGCGAAGUCGUGCGUGUGUCACGUGUGCGGCGUCCACCUGAACCGGCUGCACUCGUGCCUCCACUGCGUCUUCUUUGGCUGUUUCACGAAGAAGCACAUUCACGAGCACGCCAAGUCGAAAAGGCACAACCUGGCCAUAGAGCUUAUGUAUGGAGGUAUCUACUGCUUUUUGUGUCAGGACUACAUUUAUGACAAAGACAUAGAAAUCAUUGCCAAAGAGGAACAGCGGAAAGCUUGGAAAAUGCAAGGCAUCGGGGAGAAGUUUUCAACGUGGGAGCCGACCAAACGGGAGCUCGAGCUGCUGAAACACAACCCCAAGCGACGGAAGAUCACGUCCAACUGCACCAUAGGUCUUCGCGGCCUCAUCAACCUCGGGAACACGUGCUUCAUGAACUGCAUCGUGCAGGCGCUGACACACACGCCGCUGCUGCGCGACUUCUUCCUGUCAGACCGGCACCGCUGCGAGAUGCAAAGCCCUGGCUCCUGCCUGGUCUGCGAGAUGUCCUCCCUCUUCCAGGAGUUCUACUCGGGGCACCGGUCCCCCCACAUCCCGUACAAGCUGCUGCACCUGGUGUGGACGCACGCCCGGCACCUGGCAGGCUACGAGCAGCAGGACGCGCACGAGUUCCUCAUCGCGGCCCUGGACGUCCUGCACCGGCACUGCAAAGGCGAUGACAAUGGGAAGAAGGCCAACAACCCGAACCACUGCAGCUGCAUCAUAGACCAGAUCUUCACGGGGGGGCUGCAGUCCGACGUCACCUGCCAAGUGUGCCAUGGGGUCUCCACCACCAUCGACCCCUUCUGGGACAUCAGCCUGGACCUGCCUGGCUCUUCCACCCCCUUCUGGCCACUGAGCCCUGGGAGCGAGGGCAGCGUGGUGAACGGAGAGAGCCACGCGUCGGGAACCACGACCCUCACGGACUGCCUGCGGAGGUUUACCAGACCAGAGCACUUAGGAAGCAGUGCGAAGAUCAAGUGUAGCGGUUGCCAUAGCUACCAGGAGUCCACAAAGCAGCUCACCAUGAAGAAGCUGCCCAUCGUGGCCUGUUUCCAUCUCAAACGAUUCGAACACUCCGCCAAACUUCGGCGCAAGAUCACCACCUACGUUUCCUUCCCCCUCGAGCUGGACAUGACCCCCUUCAUGGCCUCCAGCAAAGAGAGCAGGAUGAACGGACAGUACCAGCAGCCGGCGGACAGUCUCAGCAACGAUAACAAGUACUCCUUGUUUGCGGUGGUCAACCACCAGGGGACCCUGGAGAGUGGCCACUACACCAGCUUCAUCCGGCAGCACAAGGACCAGUGGUUCAAGUGUGACGAUGCCAUCAUCACCAAGGCUAGCAUUGCGGACGUGCUAGACAGCGAGGGGUACCUGCUCUUCUAUCACAAACAGUUCCUGGAGUACGAGUAGCCGUCGGCUCACCGGCAAGUCCCCCGAAGUCAUCCGGGUGCCCGGGGUCGCGCUGUGUGGACACUUGACGAGGUGGGCUGGGGGUUGGGGGGCAGAGGAGACGUGCGCCAGAGUGUCUCCUGUGUCCCCCGCGAGCUGGGGCAGGCGCAGCCCCCGCGCCAGCCGUUCCACGCUGUGGCCCCGAAAGCAGGAGGUGGAGGAGAUGCAGGCCUCGCAGGUCUUCCUCUUGGUGAGUUUGGUGUCUGUGCGCAGCAUGGACUCGGGCGUGAGCCCCGGAGCCUGUGGAGCUGAAGACCCCGUGGGGCCUCCGAGCACGUCUGUCCUGCAGACGAGCAGCGUCAUCCUGCAUGUGAAAGCAGCUCCCCGUUUUCUAGAAAUAGGCGUUUGCGUAUGGUCCCCCUUUCUCUCUUUUUCCACGAUGGUGAAUCUCUUAAAUGUAAUGAUGGUAACGUGAAUGAAUUACUGAGUUCAGGCUGAAAUUUAGAUCGUUUUCUUUUUAUUCUGGAGAGUGGAUCUUGCUUUUUCAUCGGUGCUGUUUUUGUUGCCCACUGCCCGCCCCCGCCAGGCAUCUUUGACCUGGUCAGAGCUGCCUGGCUCAAUGGAGGAGAAUCAGGCUGCGCUGGGAAUGGUCUCUGUCGUAUUAAUCUUUUAGUAACUGAAGCGUUGCCAGUGGUUUCACUGUUUUCCCUCCCAUGUUUCCUUCCUGGCCACCUGUCCCAUGAACUCUCCUGGUCGCUGCUGGGUGGCGGGUGUGUUGGAUGAUGCAGGCGGCCUCCUGGGGGGCUGCAUCCUGGCUCUGGCCUCUGCAGUGCGUUCUGGUAGCUUCUGUUGCCGCAGGACAGACGGCCGGGACUGAGCUGGUUGGAGGGGCUGAUGGGGGAGGUGCAGCAUCGUUGUUCCUUGCAAGCCGUCUCGCAUGCAUCUGUCUGUUCACACCCAAACUUAGAUUGUCCGUCUCUGAGAGAUUCCAGCCCAGAGACGGGGGGUGAGCCAGUGUCCCCUGAACCGUGAGGUUUCUUUCCUGCGGCAGGGUCAGCGGACUCUCUGCAAAGGGCCAGGUAGUAGAUGUUUCUGGCUUUGUGGGCCCUGUGGUCUCUGCUGCAGGUAACGUGGAUGAGUGUAGCUGAGUUCCAAUGAACUUUACAUGAUCACGGAAAGUUGAAUUUCUUUUUUUUUUUUUUUGCGGUAUGCGGGCCUCUCACUGUUGUGGCCUCCCCCGCUGCGGAGCACAGGCUCCGGACGCGCAGGCCCAGCGGCCAUGGCUCACGGGCCCAGCCGCCCCGCGGCAUAUGGGAUCCUCCCAGACCGGGGCACGAACCCGUAUCCCCUGCAUCGGCAGGCGGACUCUCAACCACUUGCGCCACCAGGGAGGCCCGGAAAGUUGAAUUUCAUAUACUGUAACCACAUCACAAAAUUUCAACCGUUUUCACUCUUUAAAAACGUGUGCCCGGUUCUCAGCUGACAGACCGUGAACCAGGUCCAGCUCAUCAGCUGCUCGGGUCUGGGCGCGGCAUGGCUCCUGCCCCCUGUGGAAGGUGCUGGGGUCCUGCGGCGGGGGUGUCGUAUCCGGCAGAGUCCUCAGUGACGCAGCUCAGGCACCUGCCCUGCGUGGCCCGUCCGCUGUGGCUGCUCUGAGGACCCUGGGCUGGAGGCGGCCCUGGAGUCCUGGGCCUCCGUGCAGAGUGGGGACACAGUAGAUGUACUGGCUGCGGGGUUUCUGGCGGGUCGCCUAUGGUCUGGUCAGCCCUGCACCCCUCCCCUGCUGCCUGCUCACGUCCAGGGCUCACCUGCUCCAAGAAUGUGAAGAUUCAGGAGACAGGCCGUUUCUCUUUUCUGGGUGUUUUUUUGAAUUUUUAUGUCGAAGUUAACCCUCUGUUCCCUCUGGCCUGGUGUUCUAAGCACUUAUCUCUCUGUCUGCUGCUGAGAUUCCCCUGUGGCUGGAAGAACUACCUGGGGGGGGACGGUGAGGCUUCAGCUGCCUGCACGUGCACCCACCCCCCGUCCCGUGCACUGCGGUCCUGCUUUGACGUCACCUCGGCAGGAACAGAGAACUGCAUGAUGGGUUGGGGAAUUUGUUUUCUUUCAGCUCCCGAUGCAGCUACUAAAUACGGGAAAAUGGUUUCCUGUUUCAAACCACCACCCGUGUCGAUGUCCAGACCACUAGGAAUCCCUGGGCGACCCUUCCUCCCCGGCUGGUGUGUUUACAGUGACUUGUGUUUGUGAGACGUUGGCGGCCGUGUCAGCGCUGUACAGUGAGACAGUAGGCUCUCCUCCUGGGUGUCCUGAGCAGGGGGCUGGGCCCGGGCCCUCCCCAGGCCGCCUUGGGCCUCCUGUCGGCGCCAGGAUGUCCAGGACGCUCCUCCUGCAUCACGUACACUCGUGCUGUUGUAGUUCUGCUUGGUGUGGAUGCUUUCGUCGUAUAAAAUUGCUGUUCUUUUGACAAUUCAAGUGACUGUUUCGUUUACUAUAACUUUGAAAACAGAAAUCAUAAGAACAAGAUUCCAAUGAUUGUGCUGUGGAUUUUAUUACUGGGAUGUUUCCGUGUCCCUUUCACCUGUCGUUUUGAGGGACUGUUUGGCUCUUCUCCCUAAUGGCUUGUAGUCUUUUCCUGUGUCGUAAUAAAGCUACGUUUUAUUCUGAAAA